AUGCAUGACCUCAUGCAUGAUGUGGCUGUUUUGGUGGCGGGAUCAGAUAGUGUCAUAAUCAAUCAGAAUACUAAAAUCUCUAAUGGAAAACAUCUUCACAUGUCAUUAGCUGAUUUUGAUUUUGAUCUAGAAACCCACAAAUCAAGUGAGAUUUUAGAAUUCUUUUCUCAACAAAAAAGACUUCGAACUUUUCUUUUACAUAAUUGUCGAUAUUUGGGCUUCUCUAAACUUGAGGAUUAUUUGUCCAAGUUUAAGUGUGUACGAGCUUUGAGUCUUUCCCGCAUGGACAUUGAGGUGUUGCCAAAGAAUUUGUGUGAAUUGGAACAUUUGAGAUAUCUUAAUCUUUCUUAUGAUUCUGAAUUAAAAACGCUUCCAAGCUCUUUGGUAAGAUUACAGAAUUUGCAGACUCUAAAUCUCGUAGGUUGUGAAAACCUUGUUAGAUUACCUCGAAACAUGAAGAAAUUAGUCAACUUAAGGCAUCUUAUUAUUGAAGGAUGUUCAAGUUUGACAGAGAUGCCCCCUGAAUUUGGGUAUAUGACUUCCCUUCACACAUUAGAUAGAUUUGUUGCAUCUGAGUCGAGUGGGUUUCCUGAAGUGAGCAACCUUAUUAACAACUUACAAGGAGGCUUAAGAAUUGAAAGACUGAGACACACAAACUAUGUUGCAUCAAAAUCCACGGCACCAACUUUAAAGCGAGUCAUUUGUGAAGGGAAGCAUAAUCUUCAACUGUUGAUUUUAAAGUGGGAAGAAGUUGAUGAUGGCAAUAAUAUGAUGGAAAAUGAGGAGAUGGCACUAGAAGGUUUGCAGCCACCUUCCAGUGUAAAAGAGUUGCAAAAUUGCCAAUAUCUCCCAAAAUUAGAUCAAUUGCGUUCUCUCAAGGAACUUAACAUUAAUUCUGUUGAAGCAGCGUACAUGUGCUCCUCGGCCGAAGAUGAAUACUUUGAUGAUGCCCACUUGUUCUUUCCAUCCCUGGUGAGUCUUUGUAUUGAAAAAUGUCCAAAUCUCAAGUGGUGGUGGUGGAAGAGGGGAUCAGAUGGUAAUGGGAUUAGAUCAUUUCCUCGUCUUUCCGAUCUAAACAUAUGGAAGUGCCCUAACCUCACUUCAAUGCCCUUGUUUCCAUGUAUUGAAACACUUGAUCUCACUGCAAGUAGUUCAAAGUCAUUCCAAGAAACGUGGAUAAUGAUGAGGGGGAAGAACACUCAAGCCAACAUUUCAUUCCUCAAGUCAAUCACCAUUAAGGAAUGCCGCGAUUUGACAACACUUCCGGAAGGGAGAGAGAACCUUCCUUCCCUUGAGUCUAUCACGAUAUAUAGCUGCCCCAAUUUGACAUCACUACUGGAAGGGGUUGGGAACCUUCCUUCCCUUAAGUCUGUCUAUAUAUACGGCUGCCCCAAGUUGAUUUCAUUGCUAAAAGGCAUUGGUAACCUUCCUUCCCUCGAGUCUGUCACCAUAGAUAAUUGCCCAGUGACUUCACUGCUUCCAGGAAUUGGAAACCUUCCUUCCCUUCAAGAUUUCAGGAUACGUCACUGCUCCAAUUUGACAGCAGCACUAGAAGGGAUUGAAGAGAUUGGAAACCUUCCUUCCCUUGAGACUACCAAUAUAUGCAACUGCCCCAAUUUGAUAUCACUUCCACGCAACUUGAGUAAUUUUAAAAAGUAUCAUAUUAUGUAUUGCCCCAAGUUGGAACAAAGAUGCUAUAAUUGA